AUGUCAUUUUUAAGUGGAUCAUUUUCAUUGGAUAUAUUUAGAAGGUGUGAUGUGGGAUCAAUGGCAAUUAAGCAUAAUUAUUGCACGCUGGGGUUGAGGUUGAGAUUCCAAAUUAUUCAUCUGGUUCACACAAAUAGUGGGAAUUUUUCAUUAAAUCAUGUAGGAUUAAUGGUGUCAUUAUUGUAUAUAGUAAUAACUCAUAUUCAGAUAGUAAUAACUCAUACUCAUAUUCAGAUAGUAAUAACUCAUAUUCAGAUAGUAAUAACGCAUAUUCAGAUAGUAAUAACUCAUAUCCAGAUAGUAAUAACUCAUAUUCAGAUAGAAAUAACUCAUAUUCAGAUAGUAAUAACUCAUAUUCAGAUAGUAAGAACUCAUAUUCAGAUCGAAAUAACCGAUAUUCAAAUCGAAAUAACUCAUAUCCGAAUGCAAAAGACUUCAAUGAAGUUUGGUCAGAUGACAUCAUUCAGUGGACUAAAACCACCAAAGCCGCCAUGUUGGAGAGAUUUCGUUCAGCAGGGUAAAAAAGAAAACAAUCCGACUCAAUUAGAUAUUUCCGAUUCAAAUAAAACUUUCGGUAAUAAAUUAGGCAGUCGUGUUAAAGUUGAAAAUAAUCGUUCUUCGUCGAUACCUAGACCAAUUAAACCUACUAAACGGGUACGUGCUAGAAUUCAUCGCACGCGUAGUGAACAUUUAAUUCACGAGGAAGACUUACCAGAAACCAAUAUGGCGACCAGUCUGGCAAACACCAGACCUAAAGAAUUCGGUUUACGGAAACAAUUUCUUGAGGAUCGUUUGAACAAAGAAGAAAAUACAAAACGGUGUCAAAGUUGGCUACAAUCUAUUGAAGCCUGUGAACCAUUGGACGAAAUAAGAUAUACUCACACAAAUUCAAAAGAUGUGGAGGGUGUGGUCCUAGAGAUACCGGAAGAGACCAUUUGGGAUGGGGAAGGGGGAGAUCUCAAACCACCAUUAAAUACGAGUGCCUCAAGCUCAGAAACUGAAUUACACUCAUGGCUUAUGAAACAAACUGGUGAACCUUAUGUGAUAGACUCCGAUGAAAAUCUUUAUAGGAAGGAAAUUCUAGAAAUGACUGCGGGUGUACAUGAACAAUUCAUCAAGGACAAAUCAUUAGGAGUUGAUUCGGGUGGCCUUGAAUGA